AUGGAAGAAGAAACUAUUCAACACAAAGAAGAAAUAUGGGAUUUAGUCUCAAAAUAUAUUGAUGAGAUUGUUACAUAUUCUAUAAGAAAUGAAUUAUACAAAUUUACAGAUAAUUUACUUGAAAUUCAAUUGAAUUUUUACAAGACUCAAAAUAAAUUAAAUAUGAGUGUCUUUGUGAAUUCAUUAAUCUUAUUUCUAUUAGAACUAAGUCAUUGUGGUUCUCAAACAAACACAAGUCUUAUUCCUAGAAGAGCUUGUUCUGAUUUUAUUGAAAAUAAAGAAAGUUCUCAGGCUUUGUCACAAUGGUGUGAUGAUUUUAUUGGAUUUUUUACUAUUAAUUCAUCUAUUCAAUCAACACUAUUGAAUUAUAUUACCUCUCUAGUAUUUCUUAUUAAUAAUUUCAUAUUUCAUUAUCAGAAUUAUACCGAUGAAAAAGUAAUUUUUGAAUUAUGUCAGGCUAAGUUACAACUUAAAAUAUUGUUUGAUAAACAACCAUCACAAGCAUCAAUCUUCAACCAAAAUUUAAAACAACCAACACCAUCAUUAGAUGAAUCUACAGAAAGUGAGUCACCCUUUAUUAUUCCUGAAAAAGUAAUUUCUAUCUUACACACUAAUAAACCGUAUAAACACAAUGAAAAUAAAGAAGAAAAGAAAGGAUCAGAAGCUAUUGAUUUAUUUGAAGAUAAAGAGCCUGAUAAUACUAAUACUAAAGAAGUUAAAGUAUUAAAUAAUCCAGAGAAAAUAGAAACACCUAAACUUGUUAACAGAUUUAGUUUCUUUAGUAUUUUUAAGGAAAAAGAAUCUGAAGAAGAUUUAAUUAAUGAAGAAGCUUCUUUGGUUCAAUUAAAAUCACGAAGUGAUAAGGAUUUAAAGAGAUUGUCUAUUUCCCAAAGAAACCAUUUCAAUUUUAAUUUUAUUAAGAAUAGUAGAAAGAAUUUAUUGGCUGAAACUUCGUUAAGGAGUAAUGGAGUUUCUCCAAUGGAAAUUAUUGAGAACAAAGAAGAAAAUGAUAAAGAACUUCAUAUGGAAAAUGAGUCAAAAAUUCUUUCAUUAAAGAAAGAAGAAAAAGAAAUUAAUAAACCAAAAGAAUUAACAACUUCUAAGAAAGGUUCAUAUCAAACACUUCAAACUAUUAUUAAUAAUUACAAAAACCAAAAAGAUAAAAAAGAAUUAAGGAAGGUUGACCAAAAUAAUAAAGAGAAUGAUGAAGAUAUUGAAUUUAAAGUUUUUAUGAAAAAAGGAAGAGAUGAAUUAGAAAAAUCAAAAGGACAAAUAAGGAAAAGCAAUAUAGGUGAAUGUGAAGUGGUUGGAGAAAGUAGUGGAAUUAUUGAAAUUGGUGAGAGUCAGAAUAGUCAAGAGUCUGAAGUUCAUUACGUCCAACCAAUACAACUUAAAGAAACACAUGCAACAUUACCACUUUUUAGUGUAAAAGAAAGAGAUCAGAAAGGUUUUAGAAUAGAGUGUGGUUCAUUAGUAAAUUCAUUAAUAGAAGAGAAAGAAACAAAAUCACCUAAAACACCGAAAAGUAUUAGAGAACCAAAAAGAGAGAAAAAAACACAAAUAGUUAAACAAAUGCCAGAAGUUAUUGAUGUUGAUUUUAAUGGAAGUGAGUCAGAUGAAAGUGAUGACCUUAGUUUAAUUAAAAAACAGGUUCAAAUAAACGAAACAAUAAAACAAAAAAAUGAACGGUAUAAAGAAAUAAAAAGAAUUAAAAUAUAUAGAACAUUAUAUAGUUUAGCUAAAUUCAAAGAUGGAAAUUGGUUAAUAAAAAGAAAUGUUACCUUAGGAGAGAAAGAUAUUGGGAUUUAUAUAAAUACUUCUCCUAAUAAAAUAGAGAUUCAUGACCUUAGAAAAAGUAAUGGAGAAGUAAGUCAAACAUGGAAUUCAAGAAUAAUUAAAGACCAAUCACUUGCGUUAAUGAAUGUAUAUUCUGUGAGAGAUGAAGUGUAUUGUGAAAGAGAAUUCAAAGAAUUUGUUAUUAACUUAUUAGAGAAUAGUGGAUUUAUUGAGAUAUACACACUGCGUUUGGACAGAAAUUUGACUGACAGUUGGGUGUUUGUAUCACCAUUUGAUCGAAUAACUGGACAUAAGUCACAUGAAAAAAUUCCAAUUAAUAAUCCACAUUUAUUAUGUGUAUUUCCUGUACCAAUUAUAUUAGAAAAAGAUGAGUAUUAUGUUAUUUAUCAUAACUAUAUUAAAAGAAGAUCAACAAAUGAUUAUUUAGCGAUACAAAUACGAAUGAGAUGA